GUCCGAACCAAACACUGUGUGGCCUCCUGUGGAGAGUGGAAUAAAAAACAAGUGACUGUAGUAAAAACUCCAGACAUGUUAAGUUUGUCUGAGGAGGAAAUCAAAAGACAAGUGAAGAACUGUGUGAGACUCUGUUCUCCUGGACCAAAUGUUCUGCUGCUGUUGGUGAAACCUUCAGAAUUUACUGAAAAAGACAGAGAAACACUGAUGUUUAUCCUGAGUUUGUUUGGUCAAGAUGCCUUAAAACAUUCAAUGGUCAUCUUAACGAAUGACAGUGAAAAAAAUUCAUCUAUCAAUGAGCUCCUCAGGCUGGUGGAACAAAGAUGCUACAAGAUGAAUGAUCAUCACCGCAGUCUGUUAAUGAAGAAGAUUGAGAAAAUCAUGCAUGAAAACAAAGGGACAUCUCUGACCUACAGAGAGUUCAAAACUUCAUUAAACCUGGUUCUGUUUGGAAGGAGAGGAGAAGAGAAAUUCUCAGCAGCCAAGGCCAUUCUAGGUCAGACAGAUCUUCCUUCAGCCUCCAGCUCAUUUUAGUGUGUUAGAAACCAGGGAGAGGUUUGUGGACGUUGGGUUUCUCUGGUGGAGCUGCCUGCCUUGUGUGGAAAAGCUCAGCAGGAAGUGAUGGAGGAAUCAUUCAGGUGUAUCUCCCUCUGUGAUCCUGAGGGUGUUCAUGCCUUCAUCCUGGUCCUACCUGUGGGUCCCCUCACUGAUGAAGACAAGGGAGAGUUACAGACCAUCCAGGACACAUUCAGCUCUAGAGUCAAUGACUUCACCAUGAUCCUGUUCACUGUGGACUCAGAUCCUACAGCUCCACAAGUGGUUAACUUUGUAAAGGAGAACAAGGACAUCCAGGAGCUCCUUCAGAGAUAUGGAGGAAGACAUGUUGUUCUCAACAUCAAGGAAGAAAAUGAGUUAUCCAAACUUUUUGAUCGUCUACAAGAAGUAGUUAUGCAGAAAACAUGGCUCUAUUCAACUAAAACAUUUAUGCACGCCCAAAGUGAAAGGAUCACUGAACUAGAGGCCAGGCUCAAAGACCUACAAGUAAAAGAGGUUACCAGUGAUCAUGAAGAGAAACAAAGCUUGGACUGUCUCCGGAUUGUUCUGAUUGGAAAGACUGGAAGUGGAAAGAGCUCAUCAGGAAACACCAUCCUGGGAAGACCAGUGUUUAAAGCUGAUUUAACUCCAGCAUCAGUCACUAGGCAAUGUCAAAAAGCCAAGAGUGAGGUGAAUGGUCAAUACGUUUCCGUUGUUGACACUCCUGGACUGUUUGACACAUCCAUGUCCAAUGAUGAGGUCAAUGAUGAGAUGUCAAAAUGCAUCAGUCUUCUGGCUCCAGGUCCACAUGUCUUCCUGCUGGUGUUGAACAUUGGCAGAUUCACAGCAGAGGAAAAGGAGACAUUAACAAUCAUUAAGAGGGUUUUUGGGAAAAAUUCAGAAAGGUUUGCUAUCAUUCUUUUUACCAGAGGAGAUGAUCUGGAACAUGCUAACAAAUCCAUUGAAGAUUAUAUUGAAAAUAACCCUGAUCAAUCAUUGAGGAAAUUGAUCAGUGAUUGUGGGGAAAGAUACCAUGUGUUUAACAACCGGAAUAGUCAAAAUAAAACACAAGUAAGUGAGUUGAUAACAAAGAUCCACAAAAUGGUAAAGGAAAAUGGAGGAAGCCACUACACCAAUGAAAAUCUGCAGGAGGCAGAAGCAUCCAUUCAGAAAGAAAUGAACAGAAUUCUUAAAGAUAAGGACGAUAAGAUAGAGGAGCUUAAGAGAGAAAUAAAUGAAAUUCAAAGACGAACCAGGGAGGAAAGACUGAAAAUUGACGAGGAAAAGGACCAGAGAGAGAAAGAACUGAAAGACCUGCAGGAAAACAUUAACAAAGAGUGUAAAAGGAGAGAGAAAGAACAAGAGGCCAGAGAAAAAGAAGACAAGAUGAAGGAAGAACAGGAAGUGAUGAAAAAGAACGCACUGCAGCAAAAAAUAAUAGAACUGGAGAAAAAACUUCAAACAGAGUCAAACCUGAAAGAAACAAUUCAAAAAGACUUGGAUCGAAUCAGAGAGGAGGUGAAACAUCUGCAAGAAACCUGGGAGAAGGAAAGAAAGGAAUUAAGAGACAAACGGAAACAAGAAGAUGAAAAGAACGAAGAGAAUAUUGAGAAGCUUCAGGUGCAAUAUGAACAGAAAAGGGAAAUUUCUGAACAUCAAGCAAUAGAGGAGGAUAGAAUCAGAAGAGAGCAGGAAGAGGAGUGGAAGAACUCUGAGGAGGAGUAUAAGAAAAAAAUCCAGGAGCUGGAGUCAGAAAUGGAGAAGUUGGUAGAGGAGGCGAGAGAAAAAGCCGAAGAAUGGAACGAAUUCAGACAAAGAAAGGACAGAGACUUUGCAUCCAUGAUAGAAAAACACAUGGAAGAAGUGAGGAAUCUAAAGAAAGACCUGCAAGAGAAACAGGAGGAAUAUGAACAAUUAAAGGAUCUGUCAGAACACAAAGAAACUAGUCUGAAGCAGAAAAUGGAUGAACUGCAGAACAAACACAAAACAGAAUUGGCUGAUUUAGUCCUGGGGCUGCUGACUGAAAGGAAACAAAACAAAGAACAAUUACUAAAGAUGGAGGAAAGGCAAAGAAAAGAUGUAGAAAAUCUCACCAACCGUCUUUCAAAUGAAAAUAGAAAAAAAGAGAGGGAAGAAAUUGAAAACUUAAAGAAUAACCAGAAAAGAGAAAUGAAGAACCUUGAGAAUUUAUUCCAACCUAAAGAUUUAACGAUGGAAAGGAAAAGGCUGUCCAUCAAACACGACCAAGAAAUUAAUGAAUUAAAACUCAACCUGCUGAAUGACCAUCAACAAAACCUAAAUACUCAAGUGGAAAAGCUGCAGAGAGAACACGAGGAAAAACUGGAGCAAUUCAAAUGCUAA